UUUCUCCAUGCGGUAGAACACGGAACGCACAACAGGAAGGUAACUACGCACUUUCUUGACUGGAGAUUCAAUGCCAGCAGUGUUGGAUGUCGCACAUGGUGCAAUUCUCUAAGCAACCAUGGAAUCCGGACUCAGGGAGAAAGGCGGAGAGUGCGGGAUGACUGCGGUCACGCUGCGAAGCCCCCUGGGAAGGAUCCGAGUGGCGGGAUGCGAACUCGGCGUGCACGGCAUCCAGAUCCUGACGGAAGGCCCGCCCGCCAAAAGAGCUAGUGAUGGCCCAUUGGCCCGUGUGAUGUGCGAGAGCCUCGAGGAGGUGACCACCCCUGUGCGCGAGGCUGCUGAUUGGCUGAUGGCUUACUUUGACGACCCACGGACUGUGGACAAACUGCCCUUCCCAGUUUUCCACCAUCCUCUCCUCCAGAAAGAAACAUUCACCAGUCGAGUCCUCCAGACCCUUGCCAGAGAGGUUAAAGUGGGAGAGACCGUAUCUUACAAACGCCUUGCUGAGAUGACUGGCAACAUUAACGCAGUGCAAGCAGUGGGCGGAGCCAUGAAGAGAAACCCGGUCCCUCUUCUGAUUCCGUGCCAUCGGGUGAUCACCAGCAGUGGGCAGAGCGGCAGCUACAUGGGCGGCAAGGGAAACCAUCUGAAAGAGUGGCUGCUCUCACACGAGAGACAGUAAGGAGCCAGACACACACACACACACACACACACACGUGAAUACACACUCACAUGCACACACACUCAGAAACACACACAUGCACACACACACACACACACAUCUGCACACGCGCACAUGCACACAUAAACGCACACACACACAAAAAAAAACUUGUCCAAAUUAAGUUUCAGCAUUCACCAAAACAAAUUUUAAAGUAUUUUCUGUUUUAAAAAAUUGCACUUGCAUUUAUUUCUUAAGACAAAAUUUGUCUUUAACAACAUUUAAUGUUGAUUGAAUCCAAGAUUACUUGCUUUUGUAUGAGGAGAGGAUCUUACAUUUUGUAAAACUUCAGUAAACGUGUCUUCGUUGUAUUUUCUACACGCUGUAAGCGGUUUUUUUUCUUUUGUUUUCCGUUGUUCGGCUCUAAAGCCUUUGAUCUGAAUGUUUAUUUUCGUCGUUUGCUGAGCACCACGCCCAGGCUUUUCUUUAAUUGUGUUGUGGAAGUUUUCGUUGGAACUGGUUAAUUCGUUCCUUCGAGAUCCCAGAGGGGCAUAUUAUCGUACCAAAUCAUAGCAUAUUACACACAACAGACAGCCUGACUGUAUGAGCUCUUAGAUAGAAAGGCAAGAGCAGGAAAUGACAAAUGAUCAUUUACCGGUUUAUGAAAGAUGCGUGGUUACAGUUUGUAGCAUAUGAUGGCUCAUAUGUGAUAUACCUGUAUGAAAAGAUCGUAAGAGCUGAGUGGUGGCUUAGUGUGUGUGCAUUAUUAUGGGAUAGUUAACUGGUUUAAUAUAGAAAUCCCAUUGAAGUUUGAAUGCUGGGUCUUCAUGAAGCAUUCCUCCCAUCUCUGUUAUAAGGUUUAUUUAACAAUCUGCUAUUGUUUUCCUUGUGCCCAGUAGUACUUAUUUUCCUCUUAAUUCAUGGGCAAGCUGUUUUUGUCAGCUUAUAUUUAGAGAGAAUGUUUCCUGGCACUUGGUCCAAUGUUUGUGUUCUUACAUUGUUAUUCGUAACCAAAAAGCACUUUUUUUUCUAGUCAUUGUGAAAACUCAGACAAAUCAUUUGCAAUAAAACAAAUACAUUUAA